GGGAGAGCGAGAGAGGGAGAGAGAGAAAGAGAAAGAGAGAGAGUGAGGGAGAGAUGCAGCAGAAGUGUGGGGGGAGUGGUACAACAGCUGGACGGUCAAUCCCCAGCACUCAGAUGAGAAUCAACAGGACAGCCAUCACCUCUACCAUAUCUCUGCUCUCCCAUUUUCAUUUCCUCUGUGCUUCAACAGUUAAUAUCUUUCUUUGUGCGAGGAAGCCCCUAAAUGAGAGAUUCUAAGGAUUAUUCCUCUGAAGGCUCCCACAAAAUCGGAUGGAUUUCCAAAGAAUGUGAAACAGAGGGCAGUCCUGUCUGCAAAUAGAAACGCAUUGGCGACUGCAAUCUUCUUCCAACAGUGCUGCAAUAGGUCUGUCGUUAGGAUUUUUAUGGGGGUUGAAUGAUUUGAACUGUUUUGGAUUCUGAGCCUUGGGAUGAGUGGAAUGGAUCUCCCAGUGGAGGACUUGAACGGUUCACUGCCACAGAAUGGGACGUUCCUGAGGAUCAUGCCCACCUCUAUCUCCACUGCCGUCGACCCCUCGUCCGGCCGCCCUGAGAACGUCUACAUCUAUGUCUCCAUCUUCCUCAGCUUGCUGGCCUUCCUGCUCGCGCUGCUGGUCAUUGCCCUCCAUAGACUCAAAAACAUCAUCUCCUCCAGCUCUUCUUACCCAGAAUGCACCAGUGAUGGAGGGAGCUCCUUCACCAACAUGGAGAUCUGUAGCCUGUCCUCCCAGAGGUCCACUGUGUCAUCCUUAUCCUGCUGAUUGACCUGACACUCAGUCUCUCUCUCACUUUCACACACACACACACACACACACACACAUACACA